GUGCAUCGGCCUAUCGCGAUAGCUGGGUGCAGAGGCACAGGGGGAUCCCACUCCGAGCAUGGCGAAAAUGUCCUUUCUGUGCGGGGCGGCUGCGUUAUCUCUCCGUGCCUCCAGGUGUAUUGCAGUCAGAGCGUACAGCGCAGGUGGCCAGUACCAACAUCUACUUGUGGAGAAAAAGGGUGAGCAGCAGAACGUGGGCUUUAUCCAGCUGAACCGGCCAAAGGCCUUGAAUGCGUUGUGUGACGUACUGAUGAAGGAACUCAAUCAGGCACUGGACUUGUUUGAAGAUGACCCUACAGUUGGAGCCAUUGUCCUGACAGGAAGUGAAAAGGCAUUUGCAGCUGGUGCUGAUAUCAAGGAAAUGGAGAAGAAAACUUUCCAGGAGUGUUACGCUGGGAAUUUCCUUUCCCAUUGGAACCACGUGGCGAGUGUAAAAAAGCCGGUGAUUGCUGCAGUGAACGGCUACGCUCUCGGAGGAGGCUGUGAGUUGGCCAUGAUGUGCGACAUCAUUUACGCUGGAGAAAAGGCACAGUUUGGGCAACCAGAGAUACUGUUGGGAACCAUUCCUGGUUCUGGUGGUACACAGCGGUUAACUAAAGCAGUUGGGAAGUCACUCGCGAUGGAAAUGGUCCUCACUGGAGACAGGAUUUCUGCACAGGAAGCAAAAGCAGCAGGGCUCGUUAGUAAAGUAUAUCCAGUCGCUGAAGUGGUGGAAGAAGCUAUUAAAUGUGGAGAGAAAAUAGCGAGGAACUCAAAGCUUAUUACAGCAAUGGCGAAGGAAGCAGUCAAUGGUGCUUUUGAAUUGACAUUGGCAGAAGGAAACCGAUUGGAGAAGCGCUUGUUCCACUCGACAUUUUGCACAAUUGAUCGGAAAGAAGGCAUGAGUGCGUUUGUUGAAAAGCGGAAGGCUAAUUUCACUGACCAGUGAUUGUGUUCAGUUCUGAAUUGUAAUGUGAACCGAAUUAUCUCUCAGAAAGCUGGAAGUUGAUAGAGCAAGAUUUGAAGUUUUCAAAAUGACGCACAAUAUUACAAUAACAGGUUCUGAUUCCAAAUAGAUACUUUAUUUUAAUGCCUCAGUAUUUUCCUUUAGUUUUGUCAGGGUAACUGAGGGAGAAAUGUUUUUAAUCAUUAGUGAUAUCUUUAAAUCAACAGCCAUUCUGUUACAGCUUCCACCUUCCACAAAUCAUUUCAGCUGUUUUUUUUCUUUUGUCAAGUAAUUUUACUUCAGCUCAUUUUUAAAUGUUUUGUCACUGAGAAAGUAGAUGUAUCAAUGUGUAGGGUUUGUGGACUGACAUUUGCUACUGCAGCUAACAGCCUCAGGUCAACUCUGGAUCAACUUGCAUUGCAUUGAAGUGCACCUACGAGAUUAUACAAAGGGUGAGCAGUUACUUCAUGAGUGGGUUCUUUGUAAAGGGAUGCGUUUUUAAGUCCUUGAGGAACAAGUAAUAAAAUAUUAAAAUAAAGGCAGUUUGCCCUUUGAGACUCUCCAGAA